AUGAAACCGGAUGGAACAACUGAUAUUGAGUGCGAUGAAGAUACCUUCUCUGUUAGAACACCUGUGCGAAGAGGUAGUCCUAAACCACCUGUUGGACAGCAACAUUUCACAUGGGCACCUCGUCGUCCGUGUCACAGCGCUGCUUUGGACACCUUAAGACGAGAGCGACUCUUGGCCAAUGUCCGACGAAAGCUUGUCUUCGAUGAUCUAUGA